AUGAGGACGAGGAUGCUGGAAACAAACGAAAUGAGUUUGACAGCCUCCCUACCAAGCGACUCAUGUCGUCUCAGGAUCUCGACUCCCAUGCUAACUCUUUUAGGAGCCCUGUCGGCUAGCGAGCGACUUAUGCGGGCUGCACAAACAUGCAAGAGGGGGACGCCAAUGUUGAGCGUUUUGGUCAAGUGGAUUCAGUUACGCGUCGUAGGCCACACCGCUCUUGGCUCCAUCACUGAACACCUGAACAAAGCGACGGUUAAAGGACCAUCUCGAAGGGCUAGCAUUGCGACACCCCCGAGGCCCGUCAGCCCCGAGAUUUGCUGUGUCCACUCAUUGACAUAUCGAGGAGCCUCCCCGCGUACGCGCAAAAAAUAG